GCGCCUCGCCUGCCAUUUCUUCACCAAGUUUUUCUUACACUUGCCUGGUGGGACUGUUGGGCCUUAACACCCGAAGCAGCUUCUUUGAACCCACAAACCAACCAAGCAGUCAAGUAACCAUGAGCAAAUCCUACUCCUCGUCAACCCAGAGUGCCUCCUCCUACCGCCGGACCUUUGGGUCUGGUGUUGGUUCAUCACCAAUGUCAUCCCUCUUCUCCUCCUUAGGAGGAGGUCGAGGCUCUGCUUCCAGCCAUAUGUCUUCCAGAGUGUACGAGGUCAAGAGUUCCGCUGUUCCCUCCUUCUCCAGCUUCAGAGUUUCUUCUGGAGCUGGGGGAGCAGGAUUUGGCUCCUCAACAGCUGUGCGUACCUAUGGAGGCGAGAAGCUCGACUUUAACCUUGCAGACGCCAUGAACCAAGACUUUCUCAACACAAGGACCAAUGAGAAGGCCGAGCUUCAGCACCUCAACGACCGCUUCGCCAGCUACAUUGAGAAGGUACGCUUCCUGGAGCAGCAGAAUGCUGCCCUGACCGUGGAGAUCGAGAAGCUGAGGGUUCGCGAGGGUCCUGGCCGUGUGGCUGAGCUGUAUGAGGAGGAAAUGAGGGAGCUGAGGAGGCAGAUCGAGACCCUCACCAACCAACGUGCCAGGGUGGAAGUGGAGAGGGACAACCUGGCUGACGAUCUGCAGAAACUAAAGCUAAGACUGCAAGAAGAAAUCCACCAGAAGGAAGAAGCUGAGAAUAACCUAUCUGCCUUCAGAGCUGAUGUUGACAGUGCCACUCUGGCCAGGCUGGACCUGGAGCGGCGCAUUGAGAGCCUGCAAGAAGAGAUUGCCUUCCUCAAGAAAAUCCAUGAAGAGGAGAUCCGAGAGCUGCAGAGCCAGAUGCAGGACACUCAGGUCCAGAUCCAGAUGGACAUGUCCAAGCCUGAUCUGACUGCUGCUCUCAGGGACAUCCGCAUGCAAUAUGAAGCCAUCGCUGCAAAGAACAUUGCAGAGGCUGAAGACUGGUACAAGUCUAAGGUGUCUGAUCUGAACCAAGCUGUGAAUAAGAACAACGACGCUCUGCGCCAGGCCAAACAGGACACCAUGGAGUACAGGCACCAGAUCCAGUCCUACACCUGUGAAAUCGACUCUCUCAAGGGCACUAAUGAGUCUCUGCUGCGCCAGAUGAGAGAAAUGGAGGACAGAAUGGGCCGGGAAGCCUCUGGCUACCAGGAUACCAUUGCACGGCUGCAGGAAGACAUUGCCAAGAUGAAGGAUGAUAUGGCUCGCCACCUGAGGGAGUACCAGGACCUCCUCAAUGUGAAGAUGGCUCUUGAUAUCGAAAUUGCCACCUAUCGCAAGCUGCUGGAGGGAGAGGAGAGCAGGAUCACCACCACUAUGCCUGUCCAGUCUGCCUAUUCUUCCAUUGGAUUCAGAGAGACCAGUCCUGAAUCCCAGCGUGGAUCAGAGGUUCACUCCAAGAAAACUGUUCUUAUCAAGACUAUUGAGACCCGCGAUGGAGAGAUGAAAUAUUCCAUGAGCCAGGGUGCUAGUGCCCAGUGUGUUGUCAGCGAGUCAACACAGCAUCAACAGGACAUCAUGUAAAGAGACAACAUGAAAUGAAAAAUAAUAAAAUAUGAACAAAUAUAGAAACUGUUUCUUACCAUUACUAUAAGAAAAGAUAAGCUGAGCCGAUGUUUGUAGGCAGAAUUAAUAAUGUAAGCUUCAAGUUAUGAACAUAAUUUUAAUCGAUUGUAUUCAUCAUAAAAUAGAUGCAGGCAGGUUGCCUUUAGCCUGGUUUUAAAUGAAUAGCAUUCCAGGAUUUUAAACUUUUUUAGCAUUACUUUAUAUUUCAGAAAAGCAUUCGACUUUGCUAUUUCUCAUCUCUGCAUUUCCAUUUUAACAAGUUGUUUUGGUUCAGCAUAAUAAGGGAGGUUUCUGAGCUUCAAGAAGGAUCAGCGAGCCCGAAACACUGUGGUCAAACAUAAUACUGAAAGGAGAUAUUUUCACUGUGCAUAUUCCAUUAUUUGUUUUAGCACAAAUAUGAACAUAUGAUCAGUUAGGGACAAAUGUUGUUGCAAAUUUAAUGAAUGUGUCAGGUUGGAUUUAAAGAACAUAUAUAUUUUAAAAAAAAUUGAACUAAGAGGGAACUCAGUCAUGUUUAAAGGUCGAGCUUAGCUGCAUGUGUUUAGUGCUUGUGAAUGAGAAGGUAAAAAUGGUUUGAUGUUUCACUCCAAAUAAACCUCAGUGGAGAUGUCCAAAA